CGCUUUAUUUACCCAUCUAAUCAACACUUUCUUCCAGAAAACCAUACAUAAAAUGUGUACCAUAAAAACUUAAAUAGUACCCGUGGAAUACUACUUACAAAAUCCGUGGCUGACACCCAGCAUGAUUAAAGUCACCAUUUAAACGAUUAUGAAGAGUUUUUACGGUACAUUGUUUUUAAUCGUGUGGUUUGCAUGAUAUUAAAACAAUCCAAUUGGGAAUCCCGUCUCAAUCGCUACCCAACUGCGUAAGACAAGCUCAACAUAUAUCUGCACAUAGUUUCGUACAGCAUGGAAAUUUCAAGUUAUCGAAAUUCCAUACUUUUUACACUCUUACUCUUACUUGGGUCCGGAAUAUGUAACAAUUUUCAAAAUCUUACCGAGGACGAGGGUCUCCCAGCCGGUUACUUUUUGAAAUAUGUGCUCGCCAACUCGUUGAAACACGAGGACCCUUGUUCCUGGGAGGACGAAAAAUUCCGCCAAGUCGCCUACUUGCAGGCUCUACCAUUUCCCAGAGGGAGUAAGCCUGCCAUGCAUAUAUCCAACAAUUUUAUCCGCGGGACGGUCGAGCGCGGGAGGAAAUACUGUAAAGCGAUGAGCUUCUUGGUUUGUGACAAAGCGACGGAAAAGUGUGAGUGUGGCGAUUUCGCUAUGCAGGCCCAGCUGGGUGAUAAGUACAAGGCUUCCAACUAUAUCUUGGAAGAUGACGCUGUCAGGGGGAAAAUGGUGUGCCGCUGGUCGGAAUCUGCUCCAUGUUGGCCCCCACAACCACCUCCUCGUGGCGUGGUUUUGACCAGUUUGAGAGAAGUUAUCACAUGCUCGAAUGGAUUGCAAUGCAUCUCUCGCCAUGACGCCACUUUUUGUACAAAUGAAACCAUAUCGGCCUACAUCAAUGCAGCAGUGGAAGAAAAGAAAUCAUACGGCGAACUAGUGGAUGGAAUGAGAACUGGGAAAAUGUGUGCGUGUGCAAAGAUUGAUGAGAAAUUUGAGGAUUCGAUGUAAUAAUUUUAUGAAGAUGGAAUGCUUGACAAAUAAAUGUUUUUUAAUCAAACUA